AACCGCUUUGUAUCAGACUCACUUUCGUUCUUCCCGAUCUCACAAAUUUCUACUAAUUUCAUUUUCUUGAUUUGCUUAUUUGUCUUCAUAUUUUGAUUUUAUCAGCAGAGAAUUAAAAAAAAAUUCAAUCUGAAUAACUGUAAAUAUCCUGGUUUAGAUCCAUGAGUAUGGGAGAUCUCAUCAGUAUUCAUCCAUCAGAGCUUAAAUUCCCAUUUGAAUUGAGGAGGCAAAGUUCAUGUUCUAUGCAAUUGACGAACAAGACGGAAAAAUAUGUUGCGUUUAAGGUUAAAACAACUAAUCCGAAGAAAUAUUGUGUUCGUCCCAACUCUGGUAUUGUUUUGCCUGGAAGUUCAUGCAAUGUCACCGUUACCAUGCAAGCUCAAAAGGAGGCACCUCCUGAGCCAUGCAGGGACAAGUUCCUCGUCCAGAGUGUUGUUACUCCUGAUGGUACAACCAGCAAAGACAUAACCCCGGAAAUGUUUAACAAAGAGGAUGGUCGGGUUGUGAACGAGUUCAAAAUGCGAGUCAUUUACAUUCCUGCUAAUCCGCCCUCUCCUGUUCCUGAAGGAUCUGAAGAGGGGACCCCUCCCAGAGCAUCUUCACAAGAAAAUGCGAAUCAAAAUUUUGAAGAGGUAUCAAGAUCUUUAGAGGAUACUAAAGAGAAGUCCUCAGAGGCGUGGUCUGCAAUUUCGAAGUUGACAGACGAGAAAUCUUCUGCUUUGCAACAAAAUCAGAGGCUGCGUCAGGAACUGGAACAAAUAAGAAAAGAUAUUAGCAAAAGUCGUGCCGGUGGGUUCUCUCUAAUGUUUGUGAUGCUAGUUGGUCUACUUGGUGUCCUGGUUGGCUAUUUUGUUAAGAGAGGUUAGGAAGAACUGUAUUCGGAACCAACUUGGAUUAAAAAUUGUCGGAGUAAGUAGUAAUUAGCGGCUGUUUUUUGAAGUUUUGUUUUUCAUGACUUUUUUUUAGGUCCUUUUGCUUGUAGUGUGUAAAAAUUGUAGCCCUGAUAAAAAAAAUGUGUUGCUUAUAGUUAAAAUGAUUGAUUGUUGAAGUUGAUCACGUGAAUUGAUUCCAUGGUGGUUUAGAUAGUCUCCAACUUAUGUAAACUAAGAUAUUGUUAAUGAAUUUGCGUUUUGCAA